CACCUCAAGGCCCAACAAAACAGGACUGAGUGAAGAGUUGACUGAAGUAAGACCAUCAGAUCAUCACAGAAAGAGGAAAAUGAAUGUUAAAGCUUCAAAUACUGUCUAUUCAAAUGUAUCCGAAAUCCAAACUUCACAGUCAUACAUGACUGGACCUCCUCGCUCAGGUGUGAAGAAGAUUUCCUGUAGAUAUACUGCAGUGUUUCUGGGUCUCCUCUGUCUUUUCCUCCUUGCUGGACUCUUAACUCUGGUUUUCCUGUGCAAAUCUGAGUUGGACCAGGAACAAACCAGUUACAAAGAGCUGGAAGACAAACUUAACCAGUUAAAAGACAGUUACAAUGAUCUGGCUAAAGUGCGAGAGCAGCUACAACAAAAACUUGAGAUCACAAGGACAAAUAAGCUUCCGAAGGACAAAUGUCCUCUUUGGGUGAGUUUUGGUCCCAGCUGUUACUACAUAUCAAGUGAAGUGAAGACCUGGGAAGAGAGCAGAAAGGACUGCCAGAGGAGAAAUUCUGACUUGGUGAUAAUCAACAGUGACGAGGAACAGAAAUUCAUUAUGAGCCUAGGCAAAAGAGUUUGGCUUGGCCUGACUGACCAAGAUGAGGAAAAUGUCUGGACAUGGGUGGAUGGGACAACUUUGGCCAAAAGCUACUGGUACCAUCCACAGCCUGACAAUGGAGGAGACGAACAUAUUGAAGAGGAUUGUGCCGAGUUACUAAAUUACAACAAUGAUUUGUUACUCACAUGGAACGACAAAUCUUGCUUAAAAACUAAUCACUGGAUUUGUGAAACUGUGUCAUAAUGGAAAAAUUGAAGCAUGAACGUUUUUUUAAUCAUUACAAUGAACCUUUUAGUGACUUAGCCUGAUCGAUUGAUAGUUGGAGAUGACUGGCUACUGUGUAAAUGUAAAGUGUGAUGUACUUUCAUCAUAUUUUUCAGUGAAACACUGGGGUUUUUUCAGCAUUUCAGCACCUUAUAUUAGUAGUUAGUGGGUUAAUUGUUUCGAGGAUGAACUUUUUCUGGUCAUUUGUAAUUUUCUAUUAAUCACAAUACAAGACAUUUUUUGGUUCAGUCUGUUUCCUGGGUUCAAUUUAAAUACUGUUUUAGUGUUGCUGUA